CACCGCGUUGAUUGCUCGUCGGCAUUCUCCAUUGUGGACAUCAGUGUUCCACUUGUCAUUCCCUCUGCGCAUUAUUUUGAGACCAUUUCCAGAUUAUCCCUGAUAUUUAUCUCCCUUGGCUCGCUCCUGUGAGCCGCCAGACUCUUAACAGCCAUGCCCGUCGUCAAAGGAGGUGUCUGGACCAACAUUGAGGAUGAGGUGCUUCGUGCGGCGGUGUCCAAGUAUGGUAUGAACCAGUGGGCUCGCGUAUCCUCUCUCUUAGCACGGAAGACACCCAAGCAAUGCAAGGCGCGGUGGGUGGAAUGGCUGGAUCCUGGUAUCCGCAAAGUCGAAUGGUCGAGGGAGGAGGAUGAGAAGCUGUUGCACCUGGCCAAGUUGAUGCCCACACAAUGGCGUACAAUUGCGCCCAUUGUAGGGCGAACGGCAACACAAUGCUUGGAGCGCUACCAGAAGCUGUUGGAUGAGGCCGAAGCUCGGGAGAAUGAUGAGCUGGGCCUGGGAGGUCCUUCCGGGGCAGAGGCUGCUGCCCCCAGUGCGGACGACGUCCGCCGACUACGCCCUGGUGAACUGGAUCCCGACCCGGAAUCGAAACCCGCUCGUCCCGAUACGAUCGACCUUGAUGAAGAUGAGAAGGAGAUGCUGAGUGAAGCGCGUGCCCGUCUAGCAAACACACAGGGAAAGAAGGCCAAGCGGAAGGCCAGAGAACGACAAUUGGAAGAGUCGCGACGACUGGCGGUCCUUCAGAAACGACGUGAACUCAAAAAUGCUGGCAUUAAUAUCAAGGUCGUUACUCGCAAGAAGGGCGAAAUGGACUACAACGCCGACAUCCCCUUCGAGAAGCCUGCGGCACCUGGCUUCUACGAUACCACAGAUGAACAAGGUCGAAACGAGAGACAACGGGAGAUGUUCGAUCCUCGCAAGCAACAACUCGCGAAUAAACGGAAGGGUGAUCAGGACGAAGACGCGGAACGGAAGAAACGGAAGAACGACAAGAAUAGCAACUCCGCCGCAUUCGCAGCUGCCGCUCGCGCUGGCCAGAUGCAGAAAAUCCGGGAGGCCGAGCAAAGCAGCAAGCGGAGGGCGCUUGUGCUUCCGAGCCCCCAGGUCAGCGAGGGCGAGAUGGAAGACAUCAUCAAGAUGGGCAUGGCGGGUGAUAGGGCCAGUAAGAUGGCAGGUGAUGAGGAGGGAGCUCGAGGCUUACUCGGUAACUACAAUGCGAUUGUUGGUGGGACACCUAUCAGGACACCCAGAGCACCCCCGCAGGAGGAUCACAUCGCAAACGAAAUUCGAAACAUCAAGGCUCUCACCGAAACUCAAUCGUCUCUGUUAGGUGGAGAGAAUACUCCCCUUCACGAGGGCGGGGCUACUACUGGAUUCGAUGGGAUUGCCCCUCGCCGCCAGGAAAUCGUUACUCCCAACCCUAUGGCCACCCCAUUCCGACAAACCAACGGCGUCGGCGCUACACCUAUGCGCGGCGGUAUCGGACCCGGCGCUACUCCGCUGCGGACACCUCGAGAUCAUUUUGCGCUCAAUCAGGCAGAGGCCGGGCAGCUUAUCGGCAGCACCCCCCGUGAUAUCAAGAUGUACGAGAAGAAUGCACGUCAGACUAUUCGCGGCAAGCUGGCUGCUCUUCCUAAACCCAAAGAGACGGAGUGGGAGCUUGAGGAACUUCCCACGGAGUCCAAUGAGCCCUCGGUAGCCGCGGAGGAGACCGAAGAAGAUGCGGCUGAACGUGAUAGGAGAGAAAGAGAAGCGCGAGAACGCGCCGCCCAGGCCGAACGCAAACGUCAGACACAAGUAUAUCAGCGCGCCCUACCCCGACCAAGCGUUCUCGAUAUCGAUGCGAUGCUGGAUCGGGUAUCACAUAUCACGGAGCCCAUCUCUGCAUUAAUUGCGAAGGAAGCCGCCCUCUUGAUUGCCCACGAUGCCCGCAAGUUCCCUGUUCCUGGUGCUAAAGUGGAGGGCAAGGCACGAAAACUAGAGCGACUUGACGACAGUUUGAUCGAGCAGGCCCGUGCAGUGGUUGCGGCGGAAGCCUCGACAUCCGGAAAGCUCGAGAAAUGGCAAGAGAACUUUGAUAAGCAGUGGUCAAACACGCAUUCAGAUGUUCUCCCUGGCCUUGCCAAUUAUACCGACGAGGAGGAAGACGUCUUCCAACAAGAGCAGCGCAUGAUCAGCGCUUUCGAUAACGAACAAGCUUCAUUGCUGGCCACAGCUGAGCGAGGAAACAAGCUGGAGAAGAAGCUUGCGUUACACUAUGGUGGCUAUCAGAACCGGGCGAAAACGCUUCGCACGAAGAUCGUCGAAGCCAGCGAUGCACUUCAAAGAUCGAAGGAUGAACUAGAUGCUUUCCGGACUCUCCAGAUCUCAGAAGAGUCGGCGCUCUCGCGAAGGCUAGAGAAGCUUCGAGACGAUGUUGCUUUCGUCAUGAGGAGAGAGCGUGAAGCGCAGGACCUCUACAAGAGCAGGAAGGAUGAGCUGGAUGAGCUGGUGACAGGCACGGGGGGCAUGGUGAAUGGCUGGCAUUGAGGCCCCAACAAGGAUACCUAGAUUGACGUUUGACCUGGUGAUUUGAAUUUAAUCAUGCCCUACAUGUACGAUUUGUAUAGUACUUCCUCAAGUCUGGCCCGGAAUGCGCGGAGCGAUGUGACCGGGCACACCAUGGAAUUGGUUACAGAAGUCGGCUUACCGCACAAAUAU